AUGAUAGGAAGUGAAUAUAUGCCCGAAUAUUUUGAUUUGGAUGAAUUAGAAGACCUUGUAGUUAGUAAUGAUAAUACUAGUGAAGAUGAGUUAGAAACUUCAGUUGUUGAAGUUGAAGAAUCAAUUCCAAUAACUACAAGUUCAAAGCCAUCUACAUCAAAAAAGCAAAGAAUUCCUUUUUGGCGGCACAUUUCUGGAGACAGUACAGCUAGACCUGUGCCUGAAUGGUUAGGACAAAUAGAUUCUUCUGGGGUACUAAAACAUCCUGUUGAAUAUUUUAGACAUUUUUUCUCGAAGGAUAUCAUUACUCAUAUUGUUGAACAAUCAAAUCUUUAUGCAAUCCAGCAAAAUCCCAAUAAACCUCUUGCACUGAGUAGCCAGGAACUUGAGCAAUUUUUGGGUACACUGCUUGCUAUGUUGAUGGUGAAGCUCUCAAAUUCACGUUUAUAUUGGAAGAGCAAACUAAACUGUCCUAUUGUAUCAGAAGUGAUAAGUAGAGAUAGAUGGGAAGAUAUAAAAUCCAAGAUUCAUUUCAAUGAUAAUUCACAAAUUCCCUUACCUAAUGAGAAAACAGAUACAUUAUUCAAGAUCCAGCCUUUGAUAGACCAUUUACAAAAAAGGUUUCGGGAAAUACCAAUGCCCCAAAUGCCAUGUGUCGAUGAACAGAUAGUUCCAUUCAAAGGUAGAUCAAGCAUAAAACAAUAUACACCCAGCAAACCACACAAGUGGGGAUACAAAUUGUUUGUUCUUUGCGAUGAAAAAGGCAUCAUGUAUGAUUUUUUCAUAUUUUCAGAGAAAAUUGAACCGGUAUUAGGAGAACCCAACUUGGGAGCUCGUUCAAAUGUAGUACUGAAAUUGGCCCAAUCAAUUCCUGUUGGAUUGAACCAUUUAUUAUAUUUUGAUAACUGGUUUACGUCACUUCCUUUGAUGACAACUUUAGCAAAGAAAAAAAUAUUUGGCUUGGGAACUGUUAGAAUCAAUCAUUUGCCUGGCAUCCCACUAAUCAAGGACAAAGAUUUAAUGAAAAGAGGCAAAGGGCCCCAUCAAGAAGUGACUGCUCUAGUUGAAGAUAUUGAAGUAUGUGUAGUGAAAUGGGCAGAUAAUAGAGUUGUAAACCUUAUGUCAUCUUUUGCCUCGGCAGAACCAAAGGCCAACUGUAAGCGAUAUAACAAAAAGACAAAACAAACCAUCACAAUCGAUUGCCCCGCUAUUGUGAAAACCUACAAUCAGUUUAUGGGAGGUGUUGAUUUGAUGGACUUGCUAAUUGCACUGUACAGAAUUCACAUCAGAUCGAAAAAAUAUUAUCACAAAUUAUUUUUUCAUUUUAUAGAUGUGACUGUUGUGAACUCUUGGCUACUUUAUCAUAGAGACUGUGAGAGCCUUCAGUUACCAAAAAAAAAGAUCCGAAGUCUGCAAGAGUUCAAAAUGAGCAUCGUCAAAGCUCUUCUUCUUGAAGGAAAAAGUAAUAGACCAACAAAAAGAGGCAGACGUUCUACUAGCUCUACUGAUGUUGAGUUUGCUAACAAAAUAGAAGAGGUCCUGCCACCAAAAGUAUCCCUGGAAGAGAUACCCGUUUGGAUGGUCUUCACCAUUACCCUGAGGUCACAAACAGAGGAAGAUGCAAAAAUGUAA